AAAAUAAUUUAUUCCCAUUUUUUUACAGAUAUAUUUUUGUGGACGAUCAAUGGAGAAACAGUAAUUGGUGUAUUACUGCCGGAGUUUUGUCUACAAUUUCAUCUGAAGCCAGCGUCCUCUUUCUCUGUUUGAUAACAUUAGAUAGACUUUUAGUGAUCAAGUUUCCGUUUGGCACAGUGAGGUUUGGACCUAUGAAAGCCUAUAUCUCUUGUGGAUUGUGCUGGUUCAUUUCCAUCAUCCUAUCGGUCAUUCCAAUUCUUUACACAAGUCACUUCCAAAACGAAUUCUACUCUAGAACAGGAGUUUGUAUUGCAUUGCCCUUAACACGAGAUAAACCUCCAGGGUGGAUUUAUUCUGUAUCCAUUUUCGUCGGCCUGAAUUUAUGUACUUUCAUUCUUGUUGCUAUAGGACAAAUCUCAAUAUUCACAGAACUUCGACGAUCAACAUCAGCUAUGAAGAAGACACAACUAUCAAGAGGACGUGACUUGAAAGUUGCUAGAAAUCUUAUACUCGUUGCAACAACUGAUUUCCUUUGUUGGUUUCCGAUAGGUGUGAUGGGUAUUUUAGCCUUGAACGGAUUUCCAAUUCCAAGUGAUGUUUAUGCAUGGUCAGUCGUUUUCAUUUUACCAAUAAACUCUGCUCUCAACCCGUUUUUGUAUACAGUGACAGCAAUAAUCGGGAAAAAGAGUUUUAAUCCAAGUCUUGAUGAGCAGAGUCGAACAGCGGUCCAGAAAGAAAUUGGUACCGUCAUUUUAGAAUACCAGCAAUUUAGCAGAUCUGUGCGGAUGAUAAGUGAACUUGUACCAGUUGGGACGAAACGCAGUAUUCAAGAAAUUCUUGAUGACGACAGUUGCUUGUCAGUCAAUGUUGUUGCGUCUCUGUGCAAAGAACUUGCCGAUUUUCUACGUCUAUUGCAUGAGGGCUUUAUUGUUUUAGACCAGAUAUGUGAGAAAAACAUUUACAUUCAAGUGAACAAAACAAAGGUACACAAACCAAUUGUUGUAAUCGAUGCCAAAGCGACGCUAGCUGCCGAUGAAAGAGCUCUACAGGAAAAUAUCCGCCAAUUUGGUAACAUUCUUCGAAAACUUAUUUUAAAAUGUGAAAAGGGUUUAAAGUAAUGAUUUGUAUGCAAUGAAUGCAAGUCGUCUCUAUUACGAGUUUUAUGUACGUUGUAAUAUAUGUGAGUGAGACACAAAUAAGUGCUGGCGCACCAUUGUAUAUACCGUAUUCGGUAUUAUUUGUGAACAUGAACUCUGCAAGAGUCUAGAGAUACUGUGCUCCAACACUGUAGAGUUAAAUCAAACAUGCAUUGCAUUCGUACUGGAUGGCGUGAAUAGGAAAUUGAAAAUACUUGACUUGUUAUUUUCCCGUGUAGAUAUUUUGAAUUUCAAGUGGCGUAACGUUUUUGUUUUAAAUAUCUUUGUACAUAAACGUUCAUGAUACCUUCAUUAUGCCAUUUAUAUUCCAUACUGUGUCAAAUCAUAAUCGCAUCAACUCGGCUUUUAUUUAAGAUAAUCUCGGACUUAAUACGGAUUGAAAAUACAAAAAUGUGUUUCUACCACAUGGUUUAAGAUGUUAUAAAAACAGAGGGUGCAAUCUUUGAUAAUGUGUUACAAAUGUUUAUAUCUAACAUCAAAAGGAAUAUAAAUUAUAUUUAGGUAAAAUAAUGAUCGAAAUUAUGUCUGACCAUCAUUAUCAAUUUAAAAAUGAUGGCCAAAUCAAAAUUAAUGUCAAUAGUUCUCUACAACCAUCAUAAUAAGUUAAUAAAUAAUGUACUGCUUACUUUUAUAUUCAUGAAUUUAAUUACUUUAGGUGGACUUCUACUCGAUAUAUUUGAAAAAUGUCAAAAAGCUCUUCAUUCACAUGAUUGGUUACUUAGCGUAGGUUAGACCAAAAUACUUUAUCCGUUCUGUGUAUUCUUACUAAUUAGUAAUGUGUUCGAGAUUCUUGUCCGAAGUUUAAUUAAAAUGGUCUAGAAGUUGCGAUUGUGUCAAAUCAUUGUUGUUUUCAUGUUUGUAAAUUAAAUGCAUUUGGUCUGCUAUUGGUGGUUGUUAUUUUGUUAAAUUUAAUAGUAUUUUUACUUAUUCAAUAUUCAUAAAAUCGUUAACGAAUCAAUAAUGUUGAACAUGGGAUUUGUCACCGCUGUUAAAAGAUAUGUAUAUAUAUAUUCAUUAAAUGUUUUUUUUUUCCGAUGAUGUUUUAAAUUUUUAAUCAGUGUUUUUCAAUAACUGUGUGACUGAUGUUGUUAAAAUUUAAUCAUUUUGGUAUUUUAUUAAUAUUAUUAAACUAAUUAUGUAAAAUGUUGUCAUCACAGUAUCAAUGUUGUUUAUAGUGAUAGUACUGUGUAUUCUUACUGUUGUGUUUGGGAUAAUUAUCCGAAAUUUGAAAGGUGCAAUUGUAUCAAAUCAUUGUUUUACAUGUUCUUAUUAGUGUUGUAUCUGUUGUUGUAUAUGAAUUAUUUGUCAGAGAGGAGGGGUGGUAGUUAUUGUGGUAAAGAUUACAAUCCUGGCAACAUUGGUUCGAGUCCUACUCAGGUGAUAUCAAUGUACCCCUUGUGACACCAGUACAAGUUAGUUAGUUCAAGGAGGAUAAUUCGAAAGCUUCAAGGAAGAACCGUUUGCUGAUGUUGUAAGAACUUGUGGUUCAACCCUUUUGCUAUAUUGUGUUUAUAUUAUGAGAACAUUAUGUUAUAAAUGUGUAAAAAUGGAGAAUAAAAUAUGUUUAAAUCAAAUUCGAAAGCUGACACAGAAAGAGCUUUAUAAACAUGAUAAAGAAAAUAUCCGAUAAUUUGGAAACUUUGCUGGGAAAGUUAUUUCGUAAUGUGAAAAGGAUUAUUUGUGUACACACAAAUUUACAAAACAAAAUUCAUAUUUAUAAUAACAUAAAUUGCUUAUAUAUAUAUGAUAAAUACAUGCGGUGUUUUCUUUUAUUGUCAACAUCUUUAUAUAUAUACAUUCAAGUUAUUGUCAAGAUAUUAUUAAUAUUUUACUCAGUGUCAAAUCAUAUUUUUGAUGUUUGUGGAUAAAACGCGUUUACUGCUCUAUCUUUUGUGAACUAAAGUUUAUUAAUAACAAUUUUAACUUUAUAUGUUUAGAUUAUAUAUAUUGUUGCAUUCAUAGAUAUUCGUUAUUGUAGCUUUAAGUGUUUUAAAAACGCUUUUUUCUAGAUGUGUUUUAUUUUUAAUUAUUAGUUAUUCUGAUUACUGUUUAAAAUGGAAAAAGUACUUUUAUUGACAUUCUUAAAAGGUCCAUUAUGCCUCACAAAUGUUUUUAUUUUUAAUUUCACAAAAGCCUUUUAAUAUUAGUGCACUUUAAUAAAAGUAUCUCAAAAGUUACUCAUUAGCCAAUUACCUGAACCAUGUUUGUCAUCUGUUGCUUGUUGGAAGUGAGCACAGUUAGAGUUAUUUAAGAGUUUUGUGCUGAAGUCAAAAGUUUACAUUUGAUAAUUUUAUGACAAAUUAGUUCACGUUUAUGGCUAAUAUUCUCUGAAACCAUUAUCUAAAUAACAUUAAAUUCAUGUUUGCCCUUCCUAAAGAAUAAUAUAAAUUGUUUGUUUGGCAUAAUGUGCCUUAAAUAAAGUUUGUUGAUUCAAUACUACGUAAUGAAACACACAGUCUGUUAAAUAAUGAAUUAAAAGACGUUUUACUCUACACUAUCCUAUACAGGAAGAGAACAAUCAGUAUUCUAAUAGAUGUAAGACUGAUUGCCACAGCUCCUUUGCUUGAAGGUUCAUUCCAAAUUCUAUUUUUUUAUUCACAACAGCGAAUGUUGUGAAUGGGGGAUGGGGUAUAUAUCUCCGGUCUUUUCAAAGCGACUGAGUGUAUUUUGCAUUUGUGCAAAUAGGCUAGGUUUUGCAGACAGAUCAUUCUUUAAGGUUAUUUUUCGCAUAUUUCUUUUGGAAUAAUAAACCUCUUGAUAUAACAGUUGGGACAGAAUUUUAUAUUAUUAUAUUUUUAAUGUCAGAUAUUAAUAUUUGUUUUAAAUAACGUGUGUUGUAUUGGUAUGAACAACAAAUCUUCAACGGGAAAUCUUAGGACACGAUUACACGUUUCAUUUCUUCUGGGGUUUAUCAGUUUGAAAAGAAAAAAAAAAUGGUGGUUUAACUUGAACCGUAUCAUGACCGUAAAAUUAAUUUCAUAGAUAGAAUACAGAACUGAUGCAAUAAAAUAUUAAAUCAACAGUUUCUUGGUUACCAUAUUUACAUAAACUAAGUUAAGAAUAUAUACUGUAGUUACAUCAUGUGUAUUGCUUUAAAUCUAUGUAGUCAUUUUAGUGAAUUAAAUAUUG